AUGGACUCUUCUUCGUCCGUUCCGUAUAAUGACAUCAAUGAGGUGCUGGCUUAUAACCAGUAUUUUCAGCAACCUCAACUCGUGCCCCAGUUCCACCAUCUCGAAACGGUCCCAAGUAUAAACAGUUAUCCUUCUCCUGCGCAGGUCCGCCAACAGGGACCGAGACUCAACGCCUCUGCGUUCGACCUGGUGCCCCAGGAUACAUUUUCGCUCGUUCAACCCCAGAACACCGGCAAUUACUCGCUGAUGUCCAACGAGACCCAACAGUACCAGCCGCUUCCCACGCCUCCGCAAUCAUUCAAUAAAGGUGCCAAUCCGUUCGACAAAACUGCCUCGCUCACCCUUUCUGACGCUUUUUAUACAAACACACAACCACAAGCUCCCGGACCGAUGCCUAUGGCCGUCACGGUCCCGAUGUCUACAACGCCGCUACUGCAGCCGUCGUUGGCGCAAGGUUUCCACGAGCUGGGCGACUUCAAGGAGGUUCCCCGGGUGCACUCGCUGAAUCUGAACCCUCCCGAGGCUAUAAAACGCAGACACACGCUGCCGGAGAAAUCUCUCGACGACCAGAUCAAGGACCACAAGCGAUCCAAGGGUAGUCGCAAGAACAGGUGCUGUGUUAUCUGCCACAAGGUGUUCAAUCGGCCAUCUGGGUUACGGAUACACAUGAUGAGCCAUACAGGAGAGAAGCCAUUCAAGUGCGAAUGGGAAACAUGCGGGAAAAUGUUUUCUGUGCGGUCUAAUUUGCUGAGACAUCACAAGAUCCACAUUCGCGAUGAACAGAAGGAGCAGCACCGCUAA